GUAUAUAGCAGUUGGUCUCUAGCCAUAUCUAUUCAGUUGUUGUUUCAGAGGAGCCUUGACAAUGAAAUUAGCUGCUGUGUUUUGCAUCUUCUUGGGAUUAUUUGGCCUUUCAUUAGGCUCAAAGGAUGCUGUUUGUGAUGAGAUGCCCGGUGAUACGGGUCCGUGUUUUAGACACAUCCCUAGUUGGACUUACUUUCCCGAUGAUAGCACCUGCAGACUUUUUUAUUAUGGCGGAUGUUUGGGAAACAGCAAUAACUUUGAAGCCCAAGAAUUGUGCGAGAAAAAGUGCAAGACUUAGAUUUUCAUAGUGAAAAAUUAUUAUUUAUAAUAAAUUGAAUUUGGUAAACAGAAAUUGAGAGAGAUGACGGUAGUUUUACUU